AUGAUACCACUAAUAUAUGGCAAUAAGUUCGAUGAAGGAAUUUAUUAAGGACAAUGUUAAUUAUAAAAUUCGAACUUUGAUUGCAGGAAUCAAAUUCCAUACACAUUCAUAAUUCCCUUUAAUUAUCCUUUUGAAACCAUUCCUUAAGUUUUUAUUACCUUAGAUCUCAUCGGUGUUUCUUUGAAAACUGACUUUAGAAUAUAAAUCUAAGAUGUUACUAUUUCAAGUAAAUUAUAAGAUUGAUAUAUAAAAGAUUUUAGCUUAUUGGUAGUUUGUUUAACUGGUAGUGCACAUUGUGUUAGAAUAAAAUGGUAUGCAAUUGAUGAUUAAAGAUUUUAAAUAAUCAAUUCUUUUAACACAAAAAAUUUAACUGAAAUGACCUAUCAACAUAAGAAUAAAAACGUGAAUACAGGUUUCAUCACUUUAAUAAGCCAUAAUUUUGAUGAAAUCAAUUUUAAACUCUAAGUAUUUCUUUAUUGUAAAUGUGAGAUCAUUGAGAUUACAAGUGAAAAUGUUACUGUUUCUUUGACAAAAGUGCCGGAAGAUUUUCAACAGUAGGUUUAAGUGGGAUUUCAAAUUAUUUUAGGACCAAAAGAAGCUUUUUAAAAUUUUCUUAUUAUCGAUUCUACAAACGAAUAUUCAAAACUGAUUGAAGAGAAAUAAAAUGCAUGGUUUAUAACACCAUUUACUGGAAUGGGAUAUCCUAAUACGGAUGCUGUCAGAUUGGAGAAAAAAUAUUAGUUUUAAGGGAAUUCAUUAUAUUAAUAUAUUUUGGCCACUUGUAAAAUAUUGUCCAAAAUUUAGGGGACAUUUCUUUUCCUCCUUGUUCUCAUUCUCAUGGAUUUCUCUCUCAAAAUUUAACUAAAAAGUUCUACUCCUUAAAUUUGUAAUAAUUUGAAGUCAAGCAAAAAUCAUAACUAUGAUUUGCUACUACAAUUUCAGUUCAUUACUUAGAGAAUAAUUUAAUAUUAAAUACAACAGGGGAAUUCAAUGUUACCUUAGAGAAGAAUCUCACAGAUAUUAGAAUUGAUAAUAAUAUUGUCUGUCCUUUAGGGAAGUGGAUUGAAAGUAAUUUUGAGAAAUGUUUAGAUUGUCCCAUUCAAAAGCUUUAUAAAUAAAACUAUAAAUGCAGUAACACUCUCAAAGAAUUAGUUUUCAAAAUUUAAUAUUCAAAAUAAGCUCAAGCCUAUUCUUAAUUAUUAAUCAACAUAUCAGAAAAUUUAUGUGAUAUGA